AUGCUCGACCUUCUCAUUUUCGUCGCGCUGGAGGCCCCAAACGUCCAGAACUUUGAAAACAAAAUGAUAGACUCGAAUCUGACGCUGACUCUGGCUCUUGGCGGCGCGUGCUUUGUCGUCGUUGUUGUUAUCAUAGCGCUUCUUUCUCAAACUUCGAAUUUCGCCAAUUCCGGGAUGAAAUUUCCACUUUUGCGGCGAAACUCAGCUGCAGCUUCGGUCUCGAGCAAGGAAGAAAACCGCAAGUUCCUGGAAGAGACGUUUGAUAUCCAGCAAGAAGAGGACGAUCUGGAACAAGGAGCAGCAGUGGCGCAAUUUGAUAAAAGACCGUCGUCUGCGUGCUCGGAGCAAGAAUGCGAUUACGAGUCCGACGGCGACCACGAACAUCUGAUCGCUCACAUCGCGCGCAACAGUACGACGCUGCAGAGAUUUUCAACACUCGCCGCAGAAAAACCGACCGCUCGAUUGAGCAUUUCGCCGCGAAAUGAAAGAAAACACUCCCAAAAGAACAAAACAGAGGAGGAACAAGAGGAAGAAGAAGAAGCUUCCGAAGACGAGCAAAGUCUUCUCAAAUCGACAAAUAAUCAAAAUCAAGGAGUGAAGGAAGGACACGAGGGAGCCCGGAAAGAAGAGAAUGUUCAAGAGCUAGAAAGAUCGCUCGAAGAAGAUGUGCCAGAGCCGAACCCGGACUACCAGCCGGCCUACGAUACAAUAGAGAAGCCUUGGCCUUGGAAUAUUUCGGAGAAUCAAGCAGAAAGCGGGGAAAAAAACGAAGUCAAGAGCAAAAACGACGUUUCUUCGGCGACCCUGCCAAUGUCGAAGGAACCUGCCAACGCGACGCCUAAAAAGACAUCAAGGAGAAUUACUGUCACGAUUCUAGAGUGCAAUGACUUGCCAAAUCAAGACAGAGGAGUCGCGCCAAUUAUACAGGUCCGAAUCGAAAUGUUUCCCAGCAAAAGAAAGUACAAAACAAAAGUUCAACACGUGGACAAUCCAAAAUUCAACGAAUGCUUCAAAGUCUCCAGAAUCCCGCCUGAGGAUGUCGAACAAAUGGGUUGCCGAAUUAGACUUUACGGAAUUGGCAAAGUCCGAGAUCGACUGGUUGGCGAAGCGUUGUUGCACUUUUCCGAUGUGAAUUUGCUUCAACAAAAACAACUGACUGUGACUUUGGAAAUGGAACCACGAGCUUCGGUAAACAGAAAUGUCCUCGGCGGAGACGGAACCGCAGCUGGAAAUACGACGGAUUCUGGCUCAAGUUUGGCCAGUUUUACGCACGGGAGCCAGGCGGAACUGUUGUUUGGACUUUCUUAUUCGCCACUUACAGGGCGUCUCUCGGUUGAGUUGUUGAAAGGAUCGCACUUCCGAAACUUGACUUCUCAAAAAGCGCCGGAUACAUUUGUUACCCUCACACUUCUCGACGGAAACUGCAAGGAAGUAACGCGUUCGAAAUCGACGAUUCGAAAAGCACAGCCCAAUCCCGUUUACAAAGAGUCCUUCUUUUUCCAAGUGGCGCUUUCGCAGCUCUCUCAAAUUACAGUCCUGAUUUCCGUCUUUUCGAGAAAAGGAAUGGCGGGAAGAAAGAAGGAAAUGAUCGGAUGGAUCAGCUUAGGCGCCAAUUCUAGCGCGCAGGACGAAGCCGACCACUGGGAAGAAAUGCGACGCUCGCUCAACACUCAAGUCUGUCGAUGGCACACUUUGAUUGAAAGCUAG